AUGAUAUCAAUGAAGGAUACCAACAAAGCCUCUCGAGGGCCCGCCACAUCACCAACGCCUUGGCAGUCAUCUGAAGGUACGACUUCAGGUAGUCAUCCCACCUCCCAAGCUCUAAUUCGAGCAAAUGCGUCUCAGAAAAUAGAUCACUUAAAGAAAUGGAGUAUUUCAACUUAUAAAUUUACCAGGCAGUAUCUUUCUGAACGUUUUGGUAAAGGCACAAGGACCGUGGACAAAGAACUUGAAGGACAGAUUCUUCUGUUAAAAGAAACCCAAGUAAAGUAUGUUAAUGUUCUGAAACUGGCAAAACAGAUGACGAACCAUUUACAGAAUAUGGUUCAAAGUCAAAGAGGUCUUGCCGAUGCCUUUGCAGAUUUAGGGGUAAAAUCUCCAGAACUUCAGGCUGACUUUAACUACAAUGCUGAGUACCAAAGAUUACUGGUUAAGAAUGGAGAAGUUCUUCUUGGGGCACUUAAGCUUUUUACAUCUAACUUGACGACUCUGGUGCACAAGACCAUAGAGGAUUCCAUCAUGACAGUGAAAGCUUAUGAAUCCGCCAGAAUAGAAUAUGAUGCUUACAGGACAGACCUAGAAUCCAUCCAAGUUGGACCAAGAACAGCAGCGACAGUUCAUAAAGCUGAAGCGGCAAAGCAGAAGUAUGAUGUCCAAAAAGACAAAUUUGAUCGACUUCGGGGUGAUUUAGCGAUCAAACUCAGAUUUUUAGAAGAAAACAAGGUGAAAGUUUUGCAUAAACAAUUGUCACUCUUCCAAAAUGCAACUACAGCUUACUUUGCUGGAAACAAAGGGGCCCUGGAUGACAGUAUGAAGGAAUUUCAUAACAAAUACAAGAACAAUGAUGGCAAAAAGCCAUUUAUCCUGGAACAUUGAAGGCAUGCCACCAUAGCAUCGGAAUCAAACUAAGAGCAUUGUGGUGUUGCCAGAAAGUUUAUAUAUUGGUAAAAUCAGUAUUAUUAUAGAGGAUUAGUGCAGACAACUAUCUUACAUCUUAGAUAACAUAACUCAUGUCGUGAAUGGGAAUAAUCCCCACUCACAACAAUUUAUGUUGGAAUAACAAUUCAUCAUCCGUCUGUAAGUCGAGAUCCGUUUAGUUUCCCAAAACGUGAAGCUUGAAGACAUAAUUAUCUAGUGUAAAGAUAUAAUAUUUAAGCUUAAUCUAGUUUUGUGUCCCUGUUUAACAAAAAGUCACAGCGUGUAAUUGGAUAUCCGGAGUAAC